AUGAAAUACACUGCUAUCCUUGCCCUAUUCACCAUUGCUGCUACUGCCAGAGUUAUUGAACUUGAUCUCUCAAGCCCAACCCAAUUCAACGAGAUUCAAGAAGCUAACAUUAAUGAUGUUGUCAUGAUGAAACUCCCAGAAAACCCAACUACAGGUUAUUCAUGGUUAUUGGUAAACAGACCUUCCAUCGAUAUCUAAUGCCUCGCUCUCUCCAAAGUGGAGUACUUCCCUAACAAUAACCACCAAGAUGAGUUCUUCGGUGCUGGAGGUAUUAAGUACUACAACUUCCUUGCUAAGCAAGCUGGUUCAGAGACUGUUGAAUUCAUUAGCAGCCACAUCUGGGACAAGUAGAAUUACACUGAUGCCGCCACUGGUAGAGUUGAUGUUGCCCAUUACAUCUCAAAUGACCCUAACGCCAAGCACGUCCAAGUUAAGUUCUUAGUAAGCGGAACCCCAAGUUUCCUUGCUUGA